CUGUAUGAGAGGAGGAGUCCGUGUGUGGUCUGUGCUGUUAGUCCCCACAAAAAGAAAAAAGGAAGAGCUGAAUAUGAAAGUAUUGGUUAUUGGCCUUGGAGGCGUAACAAAUGGGGGGAAAACAACGCUAGCAGAAAAGCUUAAGAAAAUGCUUCCCAACUGUGAUAUAAUCUCUCAAGACGACUUCUUUAAGCCAGAGUCUGAAGUAGAAACAGAUGAACGUGGAUUUAAGCUAUAUGAUGCACUUGAUGCCCUCUAUAUGGAUGAAAUGGUGACAAAGAUUCACAACUGGAUAAAAAGCCCAGCAAGCUCAGGGGUUGUGACAGAAGAGCCACAGAGUGCAUGUGACAAUCAGAAAAAUGUUUAUAUUUUGAUUGUUGAAGGCUUUCUGCUUUACAAUUAUGAGCCACUUAAUGAACUUUGGAAUAGAAGAUAUUUUUUGACCCUUCCUUAUGAAGAGUGCAAAAGGAGAAGGAGCACCAGAGUCUAUGAGCCAGCAGAUACACCGGGGUACUUCGAUGGACACGUGUGGCCUAUGUAUCUGAAAUAUAAAAAUGAAUUGGAAGAGAAUGCAAGUAUGCAAGUUGUUUAUUUGGAUGGAACAAAAUCCCAAGAGGAGCUUUUAUCCUAUGUGUAUAGUGAUAUAAUGCAGGAAUUAAACAAGCUGAGGGAAGAAAAUCAGCAGGUCACAGCAUGAUAAUGUAGAAAGCCUGGGUUCCAUUUGAUACGAAUUGAAAGCCCCAAGACUGUCAUAUUUGGCAAGCCACCCAACUGAGCAAAUGUUAUGUGCACGACCAUAAUGCUAGUUCAUACAACACAAGUGUUUUUGUAGUAACUAUUAACUCUGUAAAUCUCAGAUAUGGUUUAGUAGGAUCAAUAGUGCAUUCUUUAGAAUUCCUUUAAUCAGUCAUGCUUUGGCUUUAAAUCUCAUUGAUUGGGUACAUUUUAAAGAACGUAAAGAUUUUUAUCUACAUAACUAAACUAUAAAGAUGCAGUUCUAUUGGAUUAAUAAGCAUAUUUGAACAUGGAUGUUUGCAGUUUGAAAUGAUCAUAUUGGAAUGACAGUGAUUGCCUCUAAUAUUUUUAGGAGCUUAUAAUCACUGAUAUAUACAUGGUUAGAAGAACUAACUGUGUAACUUAAGAUUGAUUAAGUUGUUAUGCUGCCUUUUCAGUAACGGUAUACAUCAUAGCUGAACUUAGACUUGCUAAAUACCUCUCUGGUGUUUGCAAAGCAAUUUCUAUGUUGUGUAUUGUUUGGGGCAGCUGGGAAUGGGUAUUAAAAAUAUUAAAACAAACCUGAAGAGAAGUCAGAUUAUUGGAAAAAGAUGGGGGAAUACGAUGUCGUAGAGAAUGCAGAUGCAUCAUUAACAAAAUAUAAUGCAUAUAUUGUGCAGAUUGAUGAUUGGGGUGGCACAGACUACUAGACAGUAAAUGCAUGUUUCAGGGGGGAGGAAGGAAGAAGGAAUUCACAUUGGUAUUCAUAGCUCAGGUUGAAACUGAAAUAAUUAAAAUGUUCAGAAAGCAGAUAUGCUAAACAAAUGUGAAAGCUUUGUUAUAGAAUUUGUGUACAUACAUUUAGGUAAAUUAGGAAAUUGAGUAGUUGGGUCAUAUGUUGUUGCUGAGUAAUUUCUUAACUCUUAUAUUUUCUAUACAAUAUCUUACAUUUUUAUCAGCUGGAAUAAAGCUACAGACAUGAAAAGCAAAGGAUGGACUAUGUUACUAUAUGACAGCUGAACUUAUCAGUGAUUAAAAUGUAUGCUUUAUUGUAA